AGGCUGCAGGCCGCGCCUAGGCUGAGCCGCCCCCGCGUGCCUCCCGCUUGCCUCCCGCGCCGCCCGCACGAGCGCUUCUUUCCAGCAUGUUGUGGCAGGGCAACCAGGCACUCCGGCGCUUCUCCACCGGCCAGGUUUAUUUCAAAAACAAGCUGAAGGUGGCACUUAUUGGUCAGAGCCUCUUUGGACAAGAAGUCUACAGCCACCUCUGCAAAGAGGGCCACCGAGUUGUGGGAGUGUUCACAGUUCCAGAUAAGGAUGGAAAAGCUGACCCACUGGCUUUGGCUGCAGAGAAAAAUGGGACCCCUGUGUUCAAGUUCCCUAGAUGGAGAGUCAAGGGCAAGACCAUAAAGGAGGUGGCGGAGGCCUACAGAUCUGUGGGUGCUGAGCUAAACGUGCUUCCCUUCUGCACGCAGUUCAUCCCCAUGGAUGUAAUUGACAGCCCUAAGCAUGGUUCCAUCAUUUAUCACCCAUCUAUCCUUCCCAGACACAGAGGAGCCUCUGCUAUCAACUGGACUCUAAUCAUGGGAGAUAAGAAAGCUGGGUUUUCUGUUUUCUGGGCUGAUGAUGGUUUAGACACAGGACCAAUCCUCCUCCAGAGGUCAUGUGAUGUCGAACCCAAUGAUACAGUGGAUGCACUUUAUAAUCGAUUUCUUUUUCCUGAAGGAAUCAAGGCCAUGGUGGAAGCUGUCCAGCUCAUAGCCGAUGGAAAAGCUGCUCGUAUGCCCCAGUCAGAAGAAGCUGCAACAUAUGAAGGUAUCCAGAAAAAGGAAAACGCUGAGAUCUCUUGGGAUCAGUCUGCUGAAGCUUUACAUAACUGGAUCCGAGGUCAUGAUAAAGUCCCUGGAGCUUGGACAGAGAUAAAUGGACAGGUGGUCACUUUCUACGGCUCAUCAUUACUGAAUAGCUCCAUCCCUCCUGGAGAACCACUGGAAAUUAAAGGUGCCAGGAAGCCCGGUCUUGUUACCAAAAGCGGCCUUGUUCUUUUUGGUAACGAUGGAAAAGCACUGAUGGUGAGAAAUCUGCAGUUUGAAGAUGGAAAAAUGAUUCCUGCCUCUCAGUACUUUUCAGCGGGUGAGACAUCAGUGGUGGAACUUACAGCCAAAGAGGUGAAGGUGGCAGAGACCAUCAAGGUCAUCUGGGCUGGAAUUUUAAGCAACGUCCCUAUUAUUGAAGAUUCAACAGACUUCUUUAAAUCUGGAGCAAGCUCAAUGGAUGUUGUCAGGCUGGUUGAAGAGAUAAGACAGAAAUGUGGAGGACUUCAGUUACAGAAUGAGGAUGUUUAUAUGGCCACCAAGUUUGAAGACUUCAUCCAAAAAGUCGUGAGGAAACUGAGAGGAGAAGAUCAAGAAGCGGAGCUAGUGGUGGAUUAUGUUUCAAAGGAGGUCAAUGAAAUGACAGUAAAAAUGCCACAUCAGUGCUUCAUAAAUGGACAGUUCACAGAUGCCGAUGAUGGAAAGACUUAUGACACCAUCAACCCAACAGAUGGAUCUACGAUAUGCAAAGUAUCCUACGCCUCUUUGGUGGAUGUUGAUAAAGCAGUGGCAGCAGCCAAAGAUGCUUUUGAAAAUGGUGAAUGGGGAAGAAUGAAUGCACGAGAAAGAGGAAUAUUGAUGUACAGACUAGCAGACCUACUGGAAGAGAACCAAGAAGAGCUGGCGACCAUUGAAGCCCUCGAUUCAGGGGCUGUCUACACCUUGGCUCUGAAGACUCACAUUGGAAUGUCUGUGCAAACAUUCAGGUAUUUUGCUGGCUGGUGUGACAAAAUUCAAGGUUCUACAAUUCCCAUCAACCAGGCCCGUCCAAAUCGCAAUCUGACCUUCACCAGGAAGGAGCCACUUGGUGUCUGUGCUAUUAUCAUCCCCUGGAACUACCCGCUGAUGAUGCUGGCGUGGAAGAGCGCCGCGUGCUUGGCAGCAGGCAACACUUUAGUGCUCAAGCCGGCGCAGGUCACGCCCUUGACUGCUUUGAAGUUUGCAGAGCUCUCUGUUAAAGCAGGCUUUCCAAAGGGGGUAAUCAACAUCAUUCCAGGCUCAGGUGGCAUAGCAGGACAGCGCCUUUCUGAACAUCCUGAUAUCCGGAAACUCGGUUUCACUGGUUCCACUCUGAUUGGCAAACAGAUCAUGAAGAGCUGUGCUAUGAGCAACUUGAAGAAAGUUUCCCUUGAACUUGGUGGCAAAUCCCCACUUAUAAUAUUCAGUGACUGUGAACUUGACAAGGCCGUACGAAUGGGCAUGGGAGCAGUAUUUUUCAACAAAGGAGAGAACUGUAUUGCAGCUGGUCGGUUGUUUGUGGAAGAAUCCAUCCAUGAUGAAUUUGUGACGAGAGUGGUGGAAGAAAUUAAAAAGAUGAAAAUUGGUGAUCCACUUGACAGAUCUACUGAUCACGGGCCCCAAAAUCAUAAGGCCCAUCUGGAAAAGCUCCUGCAGUACUGUGAAGCCGGAGUGAAAGAGGGGGCCACCUUGGUGUACGGAGGAAGACAAGUCCAAAGGCCAGGCUUUUUUAUGGAACCUACUGUCUUCACAGAUGUGGAAGACCACAUGUAUCUUGCCAAAGAGGAAUCCUUCGGGCCUAUUAUGGUCAUUUCUAAAUUCCAAAAUGGGGACAUCGAUGGAGUGUUGCAGCGAGCAAAUAAUACAGAGUACGGCUUGGCCUCAGGGGUUUUUACGAGAGACAUAAACAAAGCUAUGUAUGUGAGUGAAAAGCUAGACGCAGGAACUGUUUUCAUUAACACCUACAACAAGACGGAUGUGGCAGCCCCUUUUGGUGGAGUUAAGCAGUCUGGCUUUGGAAAAGACUUAGGUGAGGAAGCUCUAAACGAAUACCUCAAAACCAAGACCGUGACGCUGGAAUAUUAGAGCAGUGCCGUCAUCAGGAACCCCUCUCAGACAGCACCGCUCCGCAGCUCUCCACACUGAAGAAGCCGGGCUGUGCUGAGGAAGGAGGUGUCAGCCACCAGCCGAAAAAAACCACAAGGACCACAAAGAGGGUCGGGCCACGUGUCUAAGCAUUUACACACGUUCCUGAGUAUUUUCUAAUACCCCUUUUAUACCUUAAAAUGAUGUGUAGUUGUUGGGUUUUGACUAUGUCAUAUACCACACAUAUUUCUAAAAUAUCAAGCUGCUUUUGUUCCCCACCAAGA